GCCCUGAGACUCCACUGUCAGUACACCUGUCUCUUGGCCUCUGGUAGAAUAGGUAGCUAUACGCCUAUACCACAAUCAUGCAAGUGACCUGACCUAUCGUAUUGCCGCAAUGCACCAUUGUCGUGCUCAACUGAAGAAAGCAUCAAAAAGCGUCCCAGAAAUUUCGCAGGGAGAAAGCAAAACUCUCAAGCGCCACUCCCUUUGCUGUUUCGUCCACGGCUCACGCUUCACACCCCCACGCCCCGUUUCGUCGCCACGCGUUUGAUGUUCACCGCAGUUAGGUAGCUCACGCAGAUGGUUUCCUGAUGCAUCGAUCCUUGCUGGCGAUCGACGUAAUCGCUGGCCUAUUUAAGAGAACACUGUUACCACGAGCUCAUCCGCACCGGUAACUAGGCUAGCCAUCACAGAGUGACAGUACUGUCGCCAUGAAGAUGUCUUGCUUCCUGGUGGUGCUCAUGCUGGCAUUCGCCACGGGGAGCAGGCCGUCGCUCGCCGCGGGCCGCGAGAGCGGAAGCAGCCUGGGCCGCGAGCUGGGUGAGUUCAUCGCCAAGGCCGGCGACUUCUUUAGCUCCGCGGGGCGGGCGGGCGCGGACGGCUGGCACUCGGCCGCGGCCACGGACGUGGAGGCCGCCUCGGCGAGGCCGUCGUCCGUGAAGGGAUCUGGCCGCGGCACGAGCGCCGCGGGGCGGAAGCGGCUGAAGAAGGCGUCCGUGAACUGCAUCCCGGCGGAAAUGUGCCGGAGGAAGAAGGUGCUUUGCGGCAAGCGGUGCUACAGGACGUCGCGCGCCGGGGCCACGGCCGGAGCAGGGGCCAGCCUCAGCCACAUCCCCUCCAACAAGUGCGUUGUCCGGUGCAAGAAGUGCGUGCCCACCUGCUAGAGAAUGAACAUCGUCGAGCCCUCGACGUACCUCUCCCAUCGAUCUAGAUUUCACUUCGUGGAUGCAUGCAUACAUAGUUGCCAUUGCUGGCUUCCUGAUCGGUUCCGUGUCGUGUCGUCGUCGAUAUAUCGUACGUGUUGUUGGCGCUUUCUUUUACUUACUUUCCGUAGGGUUCGAACAUGUUAAUUGAAUAAACAGGCAAGCCUCGUGCCGAUCUCAUGCAUGCAUGCAGUAGGUAUUGGAUUUCCAUUCUGAAUGUACUGAUCAAGUUUGGCUGUGAUCUCACCUGGUAAAAAUAGUACUACUGCCGCAUAUGUUUCUUCCACGUGAAAAUGUCAGUUUUACAUA